CUCUAUGUAUAUAAAGAUGGCCACGUUAGCAAACGGACAGGCUGACAACGCGAGCCUCAGUACCAACGGGCUCGGCAGCAGCCCGGGCAGCGCCGGGCACAUGAACGGAUUAAGCCACAGCCCGGGGAACCCGUCGACCAUUCCCAUGAAGGACCACGAUGCCAUCAAGCUGUUCAUUGGGCAGAUCCCCCGCAACCUGGACGAGAAGGACCUCAAGCCCCUCUUCGAGGAGUUCGGCAAGAUCUACGAGCUUACGGUUCUGAAGGACAGGUUCACAGGCAUGCACAAAGGCUGCGCUUUCCUCACCUACUGCGAGCGUGAGUCAGCGCUGAAGGCCCAGAGCGCGCUGCACGAGCAGAAGACCCUGCCCGGGAUGAACCGGCCGAUCCAGGUGAAGCCUGCGGACAGCGAGAGCCGAGGAGAUAGAAAACUCUUCGUGGGCAUGCUCAACAAGCAGCAGUCUGAGGACGACGUGCGCCGCCUCUUCGAGGCCUUCGGGAACAUCGAAGAGUGCACCAUCCUGCGCGGGCCCGACGGCAACAGCAAGGGGUGCGCCUUUGUCAAGUACUCUUCCCACGCGGAGGCGCAAGCCGCCAUCAACGCGCUGCACGGCAGCCAGACCAUGCCGGGAGCCUCAUCCAGUCUGGUGGUCAAGUUCGCGGACACUGACAAGGAGCGCACGAUGCGGCGAAUGCAGCAGAUGGCUGGCCAGAUGGGCAUGUUCAACCCCAUGGCCAUCCCGUUCGGAGCCUACGGCGCCUACGCACAGGCACUGAUGCAGCAGCAAGCGGCACUAAUGGCAUCAGUCGCACAGGGUGGCUACCUGAACCCUAUGGCUGCCUUCGCCGCCGCCCAGAUGCAGCAGAUGGCAGCCCUCAACAUGAACGGCUUGGCAGCCGCACCCAUGACCCCAACCUCAGGUGGCAGCACCCCUCCGGGCAUCACUGCACCAGCUGUGCCUAGCAUCCCGUCCCCCAUUGGGGUGAACGGCUUCACCGGCCUCCCCCCACAGGCCAAUGGGCAGCCUGCUGCGGAAGCCGUUUUUGCCAACGGCAUUCACCCCUACCCAGCGCAGAGCCCCACCGCCGCGGACCCCCUGCAGCAGGCCUACGCUGGAGUGCAGCAGUAUGCAGGUCCCGCCUACCCUGCUGCCUAUGGUCAGAUAAGCCAGGCCUUUCCUCAGCCACCUCCAAUGAUCCCCCAGCAACAGAGAGAAGGGCCCGAGGGCUGUAACCUGUUCAUCUACCAUCUGCCCCAGGAGUUUGGGGACGCUGAGCUGAUGCAGAUGUUCCUCCCUUUCGGUAAUGUCAUCUCCUCGAAAGUGUUUGUGGAUCGGGCGACUAACCAAAGUAAAUGCUUUGGUGGGUAAAGAUAACAAACCAACUAGCUUCACCUAGGACAGGGUGGUGCUUGCACCAAUUUACCGGUGUCCAACUGC